AUGGCGGCUUCAAAGACCUACAACACGAGAACAAACUACCGAUCCCUGUCGAGCGACCGAGACGCUCGAAUGGCGUCGGAAUCGUCCGAGUUCGAGUUUGACGAGUCGGAUGUCUGGAACACGGCUAGGUCCGCUACGCCGGACUUUCGUAACCAGGCGACGAAUGCUAGGCUCUCGAAGAAAACGUCUGCGAGAAGAGUUGACUCUGUUGAACGUGCAAGCGCCGGUAUGACUCCGGCGUCUUUUCCGGUGAACAUACCGGACUGGUCGAAGAUACUGAAGGAGGACUGUAGAGACAACCAGAGGAGAGAGAAUGACGAUAACUUCGGUGAGGAGGAUGGUGAGGACGGGGAGAAUCGGAUUCCGCCGCACGAGUUUUUGGCGAGGCAGUUUGCCAGGACGAGGAUCGCCUCGUACUCGUUGCAUGAAGGGAUUGGGAGGACUCUCAAAGGAAGGGAUUUGAGUAGGGUGAGAAAUGCAAUUUGGGAGAAAAUUGGGUUCCAAGAUUAA